UUCCCUCCCUCUGCUGGGGGUGAGUGUGUAGAGGAUGGGCUGCAGCGUGUGUGUGUGUGUGAGAGUAUGUGUGUGUGUGUGAAUGGAGGGUGACGCUGCACUGUGGCUCAGUCUCUCUGAAGUUGUGGACUGUCAGUGUCAGCGGGACAUGUUGGAUGACGGGGAGCAUUUCCUGCACAUGAUCAGAAGAUGAAGAUGAUUCCUGUGCUGAUCUGUGCGCUCCUCUCUCUGACUGUCGCCGAAAGCGACUUAGACAAACUGUACCCCGAACUGGAGCACUCCAGAACCAUCUAUGUCACAGAAAACGGGCCUCAGCUGUCGGUGGCGGCAGAACAAAUGAAAGUGGUUUCGCGGCGCGGAGGAAACGCUACGUUACCGUGCAAGAUCCGAAUGGACCAAUCAAUGACGCCCAGCCGCAAGAUGAGGAUCAAAUGGACCAAGAUGACGUCGGACUACCUGAAAGAGGUGGAUGUUUUCGUGGCCAUGGAUUACCACAAGAGGAGUUACGGGAGUUUCCACGGUCGCGUCCACCUGCAGAGCUCGUCUCCGAUGGACGCCUCUCUGGUCAUCACCGAGAUCACCCUGGAGGAUUAUGGGAGGUAUAAAUGUGAAGUGAUCGACGGGCUGGAGGACGGGACGGUGGUGGUGUCUCUGGAUCUGGAAGGUGUCGUCUUCCCGUACUACCCUCGCCUCGGCCGCUACAACCUGAACUUCUACGACGCUGAGCGGGCGUGCCGGGAUCAGGACGCCGUGGUGGCUUCGUUCGAUCAGCUGUACGACGCGUGGCGAGGGAAACUGGACUGGUGCAACGCCGGCUGGCUGAGCGACGGCUCGGUUCAGUAUCCCAUCACUAACCCUCGGGAACCCUGCGGUGGAAAGAACAUCGCGCCGGGCGUCCGAAACUACGGCCUGAGAGACAAAGACAAGAACCACUAUGACGUGUUCUGCUUCACCUCCCACUACAAAGGGCGGUUCUACUACCUGAUCCACCCAUCUAAGCUGACCUACGACGAGGCGGUCCAAGCGUGUCAGAAAGACGGCGCUCAGAUCGCCAAAGUGGGCCAGAUGUACGCCGCCUGGAAGCUUCUGGGCUUCGACCGCUGUGACGCGGGAUGGCUCGCUGACGGCAGCGUUCGAUACCCCAUCUCUAACCCCCGGCGCCGCUGCAGCCCAACGGAGGCCGCCGUACGAUUCAGCGGCUUCCCCGACAAAAAGCACAAGCUGUACGGAGUGUACUGCUUCAAGGGCCAACACUGAGCUACAAACACACACACACACACACACACACACACACACACACACACACACACACACACACACACACACACAUACACACACACAGGAGGAAUUUCGAACAAACUGUGAUGCUUUAUUUCAGUGGUUCCCAACCUAGGGGUAGUUGAGGGGAUUGCAGGGGGAUUGCAAUAUGUAGUAUUUCCACGCAUAAAACAUUUGUAAAAUACAUUUUCGUAAGCCUGGUGUCCGUGGUAACAGUUCCUCCCUGGUGUUUAUUGUAACCAGUGUUGGGGUAGUUACUCAAAAGAAGUAAUGCAUUACACAUUAUUAGUAACUUUACUUUGGAUUACUCUGUAGCCUGAGAUGCACCAUGAAAAGAAUAUAAAGUGAAACAUCAUUUAUGCUCAGAUCAGCUGUACACUCUGUGUCUGGUCAGAGACAAACUAGAUCUACCGGUACCGUGGCUGCAGAACUGCUUUAGGAGAGACACGUGAAAGAAAACAAAAACGGCUAACACUAAUACAUUUCUCAUGGAUUUAGAUCUGAUGAUCCACCGCAGCCACAGUGGUUUUUAAGCCUUGCAAAUAAUGAUAUGAAGCCAGCCUACCUGCAGCGGCACCAGAGCUCCAAACACGGGACACAAGGUUGGGUAAAAUACAACAACAAAGGGUUUAUUUAACACAAAUGUAGGUGAAUCUUCAUUUACAGAUUGGCGACUAGCUCAAGGGAUUCACGAGUCAAACAAAGGUUGGGAACCACUGCUUUAGUUCAUGGAAACCUUGCAUUGUAAUGUGGGAUCAACACAUAGUUUACACAUAUUUAAUGUUCUUAUUAUUGAAUCAAGGCGAGGGUGGGAAGAUAUCACAGCUAACCCUAAAACAACGGACAAUCGAAAAGAAAAGGACACGUCUGAACUGAGUUUCACAGCAACUCCAUGUCCGACGGAAACUUUGGGCACUUAUCUUGUUCUGUUCAAGACCGACACAAAGAGUCACAUCCUGAGGUCAUCAGGUAGGAAAUCAAGCCCUACACAAAGAGUCACAUCAUGAGGUCAUCAGGUAGGAAAUCAAGCCCGACACAAAGAGUCACAUCCUGAGGUCAUCAGGUAGGAAAUCAAGCCCUACACAAAGAGUCACAUCCUGAGGUCAUCAGGUAGGAAAUCAAGACCGACACAAAGAGUCACAUCCUGAGGUCAUCAGGUAGGAAAUCAAGCCCUACACAAAGAGUCACAUCAUGAGGUCAUCAGGUAGGAAAUCAAGCCCUACACAAAGAAUCACAUCAUGAGGUCAUCAGGUAGGAAAUCAAGCCCUACACAAAGAGUCACAUCCUGAGGUCAUCAGGAAGGAAAUCAAGACCUACACAACUAAAAAAUGAUCUUCUCCGUCCCUACGUAACAAGGUGCUACUACUGGUGCUUUGUACUUCAUCACACCAUCCAGUAUUUUAUGUUUUUAUACAACCGUGUUGGACCGAACAUCGCCACCUAAACAAGGAAAGAAUCCAACAUUUGUUUAUGUUUUUUCUAAGUGGUUAGGAUGUUAGUAUCUAGGAAUGUGCUUCUGUUUAUGACUAUUUGUUGAUAUACUGUAGACAUUAUUUUCUUUGUCCAAACUAUCCAAGUCUCUUUGGUUUACAUAACAUAACGACAGUGGUAAAAAUAAAGUAUGACAUUUGCACUGAAGGCGAUGUAGACAAACAGUCGCUGUGCAGAAAUAGAAAACGCCUGGCAUGAUUAGAAACCGUUGAGUGUGGCUUCAUCUUAGCAUGACUUAGCACCGUCAGUGCAGAUCUACACACGAUAUAUAUCUAUCUAGCGCCUUGAAAACUGCUAUUUUUGAUACAGAUACUGUAGUUUCUUAUAGUGAAAGAGCAUUAGUGACCUCCGCACUCGGUGCGUAACUCCAUAUGAAUGUUUCUGUGCAGGAAUCACUUGUUAUAUCUUCUGAUUGGAAAGUUUUGCUGCCAAAACUUGAAGUGGCUGCAAAACUCAUUCCAACAUAUUCAAAGUAAAAUGUUCAAAUUGCAUGAAUUUUGAAUCUUCACGUUGUACGAUAUCGUGCCACCUUUAAAAUUUGCUAGAUGCACAAUCAAGUGUCCAGAAGACAUUUGAGUCUCAACCAUAACUCAUAAAGUUUGGACUCAAUAUAUUUUGUUGACUAAACCCAUAAAAGACCAAACAAAAGGGGACACUGUAUUUGCUCCAACAGCAGAUUAAGAUUCACCCUCUUCACGACAUUGUUGUUGAUUCACGGAGUUACGAAGGGUGAGCUGAGGUCACGGAUGGGAUCGGGCCAGAUGCUGAGUGUUCGGCUCAUUGAUCGCUAUCUGAGCUCUGCAGAGACCCAGCGGGCCGGCAGCCAACCUGCAAACACCAAGCGGUCUUCCAUGUAAGGGUAUCAGAGAAGUGCACGUUGAUCAGGAAUGAGCUCACUGUACGCAGUCCGGACAGGUCAUCAUCUCUGCUUGGCUUCAAAUUGGACAAGCCACUGGACUAUCGGACACUCUUAUCUCCGCAGAACUGCUGCACACGUUAUGUAAUGAUUAGACAGGGUGGGAAGUGAAAAGGUGAUUUCACAGAACCGCAGCUGAAGGGUCUGCUGCAGGCUUGCACAACUAAGAGAUGUUUCCUUUUACUUGUGUUAUUGGAAGUUUAAACAGUUUGCAAACAGUGUUAAGUGUCAGUUUAUUUAACGGAUGGUUUGACAUUGUUAAGAGUGCAACCUCUCUGCAAAAGACGUGAGAAAAUGCCUGCUUUUGCCUGAGAAAAAAGUUGAUUCUUCUCACUCCCUGUAAAGAUAGAACAUUUAGUUUUUACUUGUGUACAGAUUAAAGAAAUGGACAAUAAGUACAAUUCAGAAAGACAGAUUGACACCAAAGUUGAUUCUGUCUGUGUUAAAUAUGAGGCUAAAACCAGCAGCUGAUUAGCUAGCCUAGCUCUUUCCAACGGUAACAAUAUCCACAUAUCAGUAGCUCUAAUGUCUACAAAUUACAUUGGGAAGAAAAAUGUUAGUUGAUAGGCUUUAGAAGUGCUGGUCGGGGCAUUUUUAAAACGUUUGGCUAGCUGUUUCUCCUUGUUUCCAGUGUCUUUGCUAAGCUAAGCUAACCUGCUGGAUCCAGCUUCAUAAUUAGCAUACACAUGAGAGUAUAUUUACGUUCACUUUGUACGUAUUUCUUAUAAUGUCAAGCUAUUCUUUAAAAGCUUAAAAUAAUCUGUUGCCUGUUAUCUUUUCUGUACAAUCUGACCGAUGCUUAUACCUGCAGCUUGCAAGAAAAACCUUAGGGACCCAAAGACAAAAGGACAAUAAAACCGAUCAUAAAACACGA